UCCGAGCGUAGGAGAAGAUGCUCAGUUUCGAGCAAUUUUGGAGCAGAAAAACAUUAACAGGUCUUGGGUUGGGACAAUUUCUUUCACUUCUGAUCACUUCCACUGGUUUCACGUCUUCUGAAUUGGCUAAAAAAGGAAUUAAUGCACCAACUUCACAGUCAUUUCUCAAUUAUGUGUUCUUGGCAAUUGUCUAUGGGAGCAUUGUUCUAUACAGAAGGGAAGCAUUGAAGGAAAAAUGGUAUUAUUACAUACUUCUUGGAUUGGUUGAUGUUGAAGGAAAUUUUCUUGUUGUGAAGGCGUAUCAAUACACAUCACUAACAAGUGUGAUGCUGCUUGACUGCUGGACCAUUCCAUGUGUUAUGCUUCUUACGUGGAUUUUCUUGAAAACAAAAUAUAGAUUCAAAAAGAUAACUGGCGUAGCUUUUUGCAUUGCUGGUCUUGUCCUGGUUAUUUUUUCAGAUGUCCAUGCAGGUGACCGAGCUGGUGGAAGCAACCCUCGUACAGGGGACCUUCUUGUUAUUGCUGGUGCUACAUUGUAUGCUGUCUGCAAUGUCAGCGAGGAGUUUCUAGUGAAAAAUGCUGAUAGAGUUGAGCUGAUGGCAAUGUUAGGUCUCUUUGGUGGCAUUGUCAGUGCCAUUCAAAUAAGCAUACUUGAGCGCAAUGAGCUCAAAUCUAUUCACUGGUCAGCUGGGGCAGCGCUUCCUUUUGUUGGAUUUGCAGUGGCCAUGUUUAUGUUUUACUCUUUAGUCCCUGUGCUGCUUAAGAUCAAUGGUUCCACUAUGUUAAAUCUGUCCUUGCUGACCUCUGAUAUGUGGGCUGUCUUAAUUCGCAUUUUCGCUUACCAUGAGAAGGUUGAUUGGAUGUACUUUGUGGCCUUUGGUGCUGUUGUUAUUGGUCUUAUUAUCUACUCUGGAGGUGACAGAGAUGAGGAUCAACAACGUCUUCAUGUUGCUGAAGACGCUGACCAAAGACAACAUGAUGAAGCAGCUAAUUCGGGUAAGUCAUAG